AAGUUUUCAUUAAAAGAAUUGGGAUGCUGUCCAUUUGUGACAAAGGUAUUCCAAACAUUCUGUUCUUGAGUACCUUCUUCUAUCCCACUAGAAAUAAGCAUUGUUUGCUUCUUAUGUUUAAAAGUCUAGAAGUUUAAGAAACCUCUACUACAUUUCAUUAAGGAGGAAAGGAAUUGGUAUUUUCCUGGAAAAACAGCAGCCUGGAAACUAUGCCUAACUUUAUACCUUGUGUUCUAAUGUGAUCUUCUAAGCCUCUUCUAAGUUUUGUUAUGCCUUGUAUUAUUCAUUGAGAAAGGGGAGUUAUAUUGGCAUUUGACCAGACGGUCUUGGGAGCUAUAAAAAGGAGGGGUUUUGUUUUGGGGUUUAGACCAGAGGGAGUGGAAAAGGGAUGGUGGGGAAGAAAAAAACUGCCUGGACAAACAAACCAUGUGCAAUUGUUUGGGUUUCCUUGUCCUCAUUUCUUACUCCUGUGACUGACUUCAUCCUCAGCCCCUGGUGGCAGACAAAAGAGAUUAAUGGGAGAUCACGGGAGGGUUUGGGGUAACGUGUGUUACACCUCUUAUGAGUGUGUGUGUGGCUGCAAAUGUGUUUCAAAGGCUUCUUUCUCUGGGUGUGAUGUAGAUGACUAAGAAAGUGAGCUCAAGUCAAGUGCUCUCAAACAAGUUUAACAAACAAAACAGGAUUAUAUAACUGGGCUGGUAUGUGAUGACUUGGGGAACUGUAAUUACCUCCUAAGGACCAAGUAUGUGGAGAAAUCUAAUUAUCAUUUUCCAUCCUCUUCUGUGCCAUCUUAGACAGCUGGUCUGGCAACACCAUUUGAACUCUUAAAUGGGAACAUUAAUGUAUUGCAGCCCCAGUCAUUUAUCUAUUAAGAAUGAUAGUAAAGAAAGCAGACUGAGGAAAAAAAAUAGGCUAAGCAAUGAAAAACCAUUAAUCUGAACCUCAGUAUUUGUGCUACUUUGUAAUAUAUUUUGAAGAUAAUAAAAAUUUCCCCUGCAACUACCUAGGCCAAAAGUCAAAAUAGAUUUAGUCUCACAUAAAUCUUCUGACAUAUUUGCCUAUCUUGGGUAAGCUUGACUUUUUUUCUUGUUGUUUAUUGGUUUUUGGGGUUUUUUUUUGUGGAAAGGAACUAUGCUUCCCCCACCCCAGGAGACUGGUCAUCUUUUGGGAAUUUGUGUGUGGGACCUCGGUGAAUCUUUUGCCAAAAUAAGGACUUGUUACUGGAAACAAGCAUUUGUACAGCAAAGGGAGAGACCAGAAAACCUAGUUAUUUCAGCCUUUAGGCAUCUAUUUUACCAAUGUAACUAAUUCCUACUGUCUAGACUUGUUACACUUAGGCUGCAACUUUACUAUCACAUUAAUACAGAGGCUUCAGACCGUCUUGCACCCUAACUGGUGGAGUUGGACAAAAGCACCUGUGCCAGGCAUCCUCUCUCUUCUGACUCCAGCUGCUGUCUUCUAUGGUGUUAAGAAACACGUACGACUUAUUUAGGGAGUGAGGAAAGGCAGGUUCUUGGGCACGGUGCUCCUCUGCCAGCUGAGGCAAGUCCUUUCGUGGUGCUCCUAGCCCCGGCAGCGUGGGAAUACUACAGUUUACCUCCUCGACAAAGAAAGGGAAGGGCUGUGGGAGACGAGCGCUGCGGGCAGGAGCACUUGAGGGCCGCGGGGCCCGCUCAGCCUCACGCUAUCGACGGUACCAAGACCGAAGCAAGCCCGGGGGGCGGCGUCCCCACUUCCGUCCCUGUCGCCGGCUCAAGGCGGCAGGAGAAAGGCCGGCUCCCUGCAGCGGUAGUGGCGGGCAGGCGGCGCUGCGGGGGAGGCGGGCAGGGGCCGCCGCGGACUGGGCGUGCGGUGGGCGGGCAGCGCGGGGCGGCGGCCGCCCAGCUUUAUAGGGAGCGAGGGAGGCGGCGUCUGCAGGAGCGGAGUGGAGGAGGCGGUUCUCUUCCCGGUCCCAUCCCCAAUCCUACCGUGCGAGUGCGGGGCUGGCGGCGGCGGGGUGGCCAUGGCCUCCAUGGCGGCGGCGAUCGCCGCUUCCCGCACGGCGGUGAUGAACGGGAACCGGCCGCUGGACGAGCGGGAGCGCAAGCGGUUCAGCUACUUCUCCUCUCUGAGCCCCAUGGCGCGCAAGAUCAUGGCGGAGAAGGAGCGGAUCCGCGAGCGCUACGGGCCCGAGUGGGAGCGGCUGCCGCCCCGCCAGCAGGACGAGAUCAUCGACAAGUGCCUGGUAGAGCCGCACGUUCAGGCCCGCUACGCCGCGCACCGCGGCACCACCCGCCCGCCCGCGCAGCCCGCCUCCUACCCCAGCCUGCGCCUCAACACCGGGCAGAAGGUGGUGCGCUUCGGAGACGAGGACAUAACUUGGCAAGAUGAGCACUCAGCUCCAUUCUCCUGGGAAACGAAGAGUCAGAUGGAGUUCAGCGUUGCAUCUCUCUCCAUACAAGAGCAAGGUGGUGUCCAGUUGCAGAACGAGCAGAGGCAGCCUGUUAAAGCAGCACCUGGUGUCCAAGUCCCUAAAUCUUCUCAGGCCAAUAAGACCCCUGGCUCUGAGGGGCUGAUAGCAGCAUCCAGAAAGGAAGAGGAGUCGUCCUUCUGGAAGAUAAACGCAGAGCGCUCGAAGUUUGAUGGAGACAAGUCUGAGUUCCAGUCCCUGACCCCCAGCCAGAUCAAGUCCAUGGAGAAAGGAGAGAAGCCCCUUCCCUCUUUUUACAGGCAAGAGUCUGCUCCAAAGGAGAUGACCAAAGCUGAGAAGCCCAGCAUAACUAAACCAGAGAAGUCUGUUGUCCCCAGCACACCUUCUGUGUCUCUUGAAUGGGAGAAACCUCUACCUACUCAACUCCCUACUAGUUCUCUAGAUUACUUCUUUCUUCCUGAUCCACCACAGGAUCUGGCAUCUUCUAGGACAAACAAGGAAGAUACUGAUGGUACUAUACUUACAGACCCACAAAUGCCUGGACAGACUAGUACAAGCAAUGUUAUCUUGAAGACUGGCUUUGAUUUUCUAGACAACUGGUAAAAGAUACUUCAGAACAGAUCAAACCAAUUUUGGGGAAGGAGUGAAACACCUUUCUCCUUGUAUGUUAAUUUACUAGCAUUUGUGUCUUUUUCUAGAAGUAACUUUCAAACUCUUAAAUGUAUCUUUCAAACUCUUGCCUUUGUAUAAACUUUUGUAAUACCAUAUGCGUUUUUGUUUUUUAAACAGUGAUAGAAGUGUGGUUUCAUUUGGAUAUUUUUUUAAUAUCUGUUAAAAAUUUUAGUAGCUACUGUAUUGAGAGGAUGGGAGAAGUUACUGUACACAUGUUAAAGAAACACAAAUGAGAGUCUCUGUAUCCUAGAAAUGGAACCUACAGGACCAGAUUGCUGUUUUCAGUGGAAACCUUGCUAGCGUGGCUUGUAAGAAAUAGUGUUGCACGUGGAGUGGUUCCAACCAUACUUCAGAUAGCUAACAAAAAACAGUAUGAAAAACAAGCAUCCAGAAUUGCAUUGAUUGGUAGAUUUCGUUUCCUUUGAAAGUAUCUUUUGUAUCACUUACUGAAGACACUUUUUCUUCUGAAGAAGGCAAAGGCAUUGCCAAAAUGAUGGAUGCAAAAAAGCACUGUGUUUGUACCCUACAAAUCUGCUAAAAUAACUUAAGAGUGGUAGAGAAAUGACAUGGGGAAAUGGUGUUUCUGAUGUUUGGAUUGAAGACUUGGGGAUGGGUAGAAGGGAGUGGGACAACACCUAACGAAUUUGAGAAAUUCUUCAGGGAACACAAUUUUACUGCCUCCUUACCUAGAGCAUAACUCUUCAUAAUACUAGUGCUGGAACUACAGCACUGAGAAUUUCUGGAGUGUAGAUUACCUUUGUGUUAAACCACUAUGUUUAUGGGAGGUCACAGCAGUAUGAGGCUUUUUUGGUUUUUAAGCAGCUUAUCGUCUCAUCAAUUAAGGACUCAUCAAUUUUGGUGCUUUUUCCUCCUUGUGGGUUCAUCCUCUUCAGUGUUCAACAUCUGGCUUACAUUUAUUCCUAAGGUGCAGAGAGGCAUCUCAAGGUGGUCCUUGGCAGUGUUGCCUCCAGUUCUGCUUUUGAAUGAUCUUUGGUGUUUAAAAUGUAUAGAACAAGAGUAGGUGUCGUUUGGAUCUGUUGUCUCUGAAAUGCAGCAUGAUUUACACACUGAUUCUCACUGUGUUUACCUCACCUUGAAGCCUUAAUUCCCCCACGCACAGCCAGUGACUGGUCUGCUCCAAUGCCAAAGGUUUGACUUUUUCCUUUACCUCAGCAAUAGUCCCAUAGCAUUUGUUUGGGGUAGAAGGCAAAACACAGGGCUCUAAUGGGUCCCAGCCAAGGCUGUAAGAAGGUCACCAUCUCCUAAGCCAUAGUUGUGCUAGGCUUCUCAUGGAUUAGCACUUGACAUUUGGUUCGGUGCCAGGGGCAGUUAAAUGUGCAGAAUUGGAUGCAGCAGGAUUUUUUCUGCUUGUUACAGGAAGAGUUUGCAAUGUCCUGGAAGAAUCCUUGCCUCUAAUUGGUGUGCUGCUUGCUCUGAACAAGUAGAAUAUGCUGAUAGAGCAUUAAAACUUACUUCUUGGACAAAGAAAAUGCUGCAAGCAUUCCUUUUCUUGCCCCCACACCCCACAAAAAAAAAAAAAAAAAAAAAAAAAAAAACAAAAAAAAACAAGGCCAAAACCUCCACUUUUUCUAGUGUUUUCUUAAAAGGUUCCUUAGCUAAAUGGUAAGAUCACCACAGAGUAGAAGUCAUUGUAUAGCAUACUCUUAUAUAUAGGCUUCUGAAAGCUUUUUUACAUUCUUCCUGAGAUGUACAAGCUCCUGUAGUUUGUGGAUGUUAUCUCUUCAUUCAGCAGUUCAGAAAAUACUUGUUAUUACCAUCCUGGAUUUUCUGCUGUUUUUUCUUUUGUAGCAUUUGCUACAAGCAUCCAGAGUUAAUACAGCUUAGAACAACUUUCACACAAAUUCUUUAGGUGUAUGAUUGAUAUUGACUUGCACCUUCCUUUUAAAGUUAAUAAAUGUUAAUCUUGGGGUUUACAGUUACCAGCGACUCUGAUUUUCUGUACAUUCAGCUGCUGAAAAGUAGUAAAUCAAAAAUGAAGAUGCACAUUCUAAUCUUACUCUGAUUUGGGGAGAAUUGAAAACAAAGUCUCCUACUGUCAAGGAGCGUUACUUUAAAUCUCUGGUAAUAUCUUAAAGCUUCUUAGGGAAGACCUGGGCUGCCUGUCUCUUCCAUCAGCUAACUUGACCCUAAUACACAUUGGGACCAGCUGGUAGAACAUGCUGCAGAACUUUUUACUUAUCCUGGUAGGUUUUUCCUGUGCUUUGACAAGAGUUGAUGCUCCUUCUUUCUUGAAUAUGUUUUUAUUAAACAUUCUUACAAACAAGAAAUUGUAUUUGGUCACAUUUUAUAUUAACAAUGUUUUAAUAAAGUCACUUUAAAUAGAA